GAGGCUACUGCCCUCACGCAAGCACAGCACGGAGCAGCGGGGACGAGCGUUGCAGGAGAAAAUAUCGUGUAUUCCCGCGUGGAAUGGCAGCAGGUGGGCCCACAGGACAGCGCAACUGGAACCAGAGAGAGGCCGCUAGCUACGCUUGGCCCUAGUUUGGGGUAGGAGAACCGAAGGGGAAGGUAUCGAAGCGCCAGCAAUACUAUACGUCAUGGCGGCGGCGGCAACGGCUGGAGAGUCAGACGCAAGGGCCGCUGGGCGUUCGCACCCCGAGGCGGAGAUGAUUGCGGCUGCGAGGGGCAGCGACGGUACGCCGGUCAAGCUGUUCGUCACCGACGUCUACCACCGGAGCAGCAAGGUUUUUAGCCUGGAGACAACAAUCACGAUCGGCGACCUGAAGCGGUUGUUACAGGAAGCGUUCGUCAGCAGACCUGCGCCGCAACAGCAGCGCCUGAUUUUUCGGGGAAAGCAGUGCAAAGAAGAGACGCAGCAGCUUGGGCACAUCAUGAGAGGGCUCGAUCUUUCGGGGCAGCACAACAUGCACCUGAUCGUUUCGCAGCCCGUCGAACAAGAACUUCCUGCGGGCGGCAGCACUGCGGAUGUCGCGCGAACGCCCACAGCACAGCAAUCGUCGUUGCCGCAGCAGCGGCCUCAACAGCAGCCGCCGCUACAGACGCCGUCGCUGAGAAGCAGUAGUGCAUCCCCGGCUGCUCCUCACGACACUGCAGCAGCAGCAGCAGCAGCAGCAGCAGCAUCUUCGAACGAACGACCAGAGUGUGUUCAGUUGAGUCAGACGCAGCUCGAACAGCUACAGCGGCAGUACGAGCAAGCGUUAAGAGAAAACGAGAAGGCCCUGGAAGAGCACCGGCAGAGGUUCAACUUCUUGUCGGCGCAAUCAAGAGCCCUCACGCAGCAGCGGCAAUAUCGGCACCGAACGCCAACGGCCACCUACAGCAGUCCCGCACCGCCGUCGCAGCAGCAGCAGCAACAGCAACAGCAGCAGUACACCGAGGUAUCGGCGAGGGCCGCGACCCGGGCCCUAGGCGGCAACAUGCCGGGGCCAGCGGGGGGGGGAGGCGUGAGGGAUGUGACGGGGGCCCCCCCAGAGGGCCACAUCCCGGCCGCGGGGCUCGGGCAGGAAGGCGAGGUUUGGAGGGGAAACUUGGUGGACCCCGCUCCCAACGCUCCCGAUAUUGGCAGAGAAGCGCGGAGCUGGUUGAAGAUGGUGUUUCAAUGCAUGGGAGUUAUCCUGGUGUUUGGAAUCGACGCGGACGGGUGGGUGCUGGCGCUGCUGGCGCUGGGCGGUCUCUUCGCGUUCCUCUUCAGGACGGGCUUGUUGAAGGAGAUCCUGGGGAGUGGGAGAGAAGGAGGCGGGCUUUGGAAGAAGCUGUGCACGGGGGCUACGGUCAUCACGGAGGGAGGCGGGAUACUUCUCGACGCAAGAUACUUCUUCUCCGCCUUCUUUUUCAGCUUGUUUCCGAAGUGGCAGCCAGUGCGAUCCCCGGAGGCAAUCGCGGUGCAAGCGGCUACUCAGGCGGCAACCCAGGCGGCUGCUCAGGCGGCAACCCAGGUGGCUGCUCAGGCGCAAGCCGAGACGCAGGCGGCUGCCCAGGCGCAAGCCGAGGCGCAGGCAGAGGCGUUGGUGGCAGCGGUGAGGGUCCAAGCGGAGCAGACUUUGCGGGAAGCUGUGGCCGCGACAGCAGCGGCAGCGGCGGCUACGACGCCCGCCGCUGACCACGGAGCGGAGGAGCCGAACGGGGCCGUGGAGGAUGCCGUGCCGGCAACGGACGCGGUGGCGGUGACGAGUGAGGCCACCGACGCGUCCCCCAGCGCCGUGCCGGAAUCAGAGGUUGACCCUGCAACUCUGGAUUGACGAUUGAUGCGGCCCUGUCU